AUGACGGAGGCCUAUAAUUGUUCAGUAAGACUAACUAAUGGUAUCUUCACUGGUGCAGCACCGUUCUUCAGUGCUAUGUGUGACGAUGGAUAUCAGAUUAUUGGGAACAGAAAUGUUACAUGCUUGACCGCUGUAGCAACAACAACUCCACCUAAUUGCAAACCCUAUAAUUGCUCAGUAAGACUAACUAAUGGUAUCUUCACUGGUACAGCACCGUUCUUCAGUGCUAUUUGUGACGAUGGAUAUCAGAUUCUUGGGAACAGAAAUGUAACAUGCUUGACCGAUGUAGCAACAACAACUCCACCUAAUUGCAAACCCUAUAAUUGUUCACCUAGAUUAACUAAUGGUAUCUUCACUGGUACAGCACCGUUCUUCAGUGCUAUGUGCGACGAUGGAUAUCAGAUUAUUGGGAACAGAAAUGUUACAUGCUUGACCGCUGUAGCGACAACAACUCCACCUAGUUGCAAACGAGUCUCUUGUCCACUUUUGACACAUCCAAGAAAUGGUUCAGUCUCUCCAGGAGAUAACAAGUUUGAAACAAUCAGAAACUACACUUGUAAUGACAGAUUCGAAUUGAUUGGUUUUGCUACAACUACAUGUCGCUUUAAUGGAGUUUGGUCUGCACCUCAGCCAACUUGCCAACGCAUCAUGUGUCCAGCUGAUCCACCGUCGAUUGCUAAUGGUUACAUCAGCGCAGUGUUUUCUAGUUUUUUUCCCGGAGAUACAGCGAAGGCAUCAUGCCUUCCAGGAUAUCAGCGAACAGGAGCAGCGGCAAUCACCUGUGACAAGAGCGGACAAUGGCCUACAGGAGUUUCUCUUCCUUCAUGCAAAUUGAUAUCCUGCACUUUACCCAGCCCACCUUCAAAUGGUUCAAUUGUUAGCAGCUCGACUUCUCCUGCUGGCCUGACCGUCUUUGCAUGCAACAAAGGUUAUAAACUGAAGGGUAGCAGUGUCACUUUAUGUUUGUCGAAUGGAAAUUUAUCAAAUCCAACACCGACGUGUUCAAGAGUCUCUUGCUCACUUUUGACUCAUCCAACAAAUGGAUCAGUCUCUCCAGGAGAUAACAACUUUGAAACAAUUAGGAACUACACUUGUAGUGACGGGUUCAAGUUGAUUGGUUUUGCUACAACUACUUGUCGCUUUAAUGGAAUUUGGUCCGCACCUCAACCAACUUGCCAACUAAUCACAUGUCCAGCUGUUCUGCCGUCGAUUGCUAAUGGUUACUUCAGUACGGUGUCGUCUAGCUUUACGAUUGGAGGUACAGCAAACAUAUUGUGCCUUCCAGGGUAUCAGCGAACAGGAGCAGCAGUAAUCACCUGUGACAGUAGUGGACAAUGGCCUGCCAGUGAUUCUCUUCCCUCAUGCAAAUUGAUAUCCUGCGCUUCACCUAGCCCACCUUCCAAUGGUUCAAUUGUCAGCAGCUCUACUUCUCCUAAUGGUGUGACCAUCUUUGCCUGCAAUAAAGGCUAUAAACUGGCGGGCAGCAGUGUCACUGUAUGUUUGCCGAAUGGAAAUUUAUCAAACUCAACACCGACGUGUUCAAGAGUCUCUUGUUCACUUUUGACACAUCCAAGGAAUGGUUCAGUCUCGCCCGGAGAUAACAACUUUGAAACAAUUCGAAACUAUACUUGUAAUGACGGGUUCAAGUUGAUUGGUUUUGCUGCAACUACAUGUCGCUUUAAUGGUGUUUGGUCUGCACCUCAGCCAACUUGCCAAAGCAUCACAUGUCCAGCUGUUCUGCCGUCGAUUGCUAAUGGUUACAUAAGCACGGUACCUUCUAGUUUUACGAUUGGAGGUACAGCGAACAUAUCAUGUCUUCCAGGAUAUCAGCGAACCGGAGCACCAGCAUUUACCUGCAACAGUAGUGGACAAUGGCCUACCAGUGAUUCUCUUCCUUCAUGCAAAUUGAUAUCCUGCCCCUUACCCAGCCCACCUUCCAAUGGUUCAAUUGUUAGCAGUUCUGCUUCUCCUAAUGGUGUGACCUACUUUGCAUGCAACAAAGGUUAUAAACUGACGGGCAACAGUGUCACUGUAUGUUUGACGAAUGGAAAUUUAUCAAACUCUGCGCCAACAUGUGCAAUGAUAUCCUGCCCUUUACCCAGCCCACCUUCCAAUGGUUCAAUUGUUAGCAGUUCUACUUCUCCUAAUGGUGUGACCGUCUUUGCCUGCAAUAAAGGUUAUAAACUGACGGGCAACAGUGUCACUGUAUGUUUGACGAAUGGAAAUUUAUCAAACUCUGCGCCAACAUGUGCAAGAGUCUCUUGUUCAUUUUUGGCACCUCCACAAAAUGGUUCAGUCUCGCCCGGAGAAAACAGUUUCGAAGCAACUAGAAACUUCACUUGUAAUGAAGGAUUCAAAUUGGUUGGUUUUGCCACAAUCACAUGUCUUCUGCAAGGUGUUUGGUCUGCACCUCAGCCAACUUGCCAACUGCGUGCCUGUCACCUUGCCGAUCAGAAGCUGAGUGAGACUGCCAGCAUGUUGGCUAUGCGUUAG